UCUCCGCCUUCCAGAGAGAAAGAGAGGAAGCACACGCGGAGCGGAGCUGGGACGACACUCAAAACAGUAGAAAGCUGUCAAGCUGCGAGGAGGCAGCGGAGAGAGCGGCUCGGCGUUUCUUGGAAUACAUUCUCCUCUCCCUCUCUGAAGCACCACAUGCACUUAUAAACUCCCGAGCACACUGAUGCUAAAGUGUGUGUGUGUGUGUUCUCAUAGAAGAAGCAGGGAAGUACUCUGAGGAUCAGCACUUGACAAACUUGGACUGUGGCGAGUGUUUGGAUUCAGCAUCUCUGAAAGGAUUCAAACUGUGUUUUUUAACGCAGUUUUUUAAUCCGAAUCUCAGAGUGGGACUUGAAGUCUUGAGAACGAGGCUGAAUCUACAGCAGGUCCGAACAUCUGCACGCCUGACGAGGAGAAGGAUGCAUUGGCUGGUGACAGCGGUGUUGCUCGGCCACUUGGGAGCCACUUUGACGGGAGCGUGGAGAACGUCUCAACCACGACUGCAGCUUACGUAUUCUGAUCUGGUGCAGAACGGCCGGCUGCUGACGCUGCCCCUGGUGGCCGGAGACCUGCACUCCCUGCUGCCGGACGAAGACAGGCGACGUCUCUACGUGGCCAUGAAAGACAGCCUGCUCUCCACCAGUCUGGAUGACAUCACGCAGAACCCGCGACAGCUGUACUGGCCCGCCAGUCCGGACCGCGUUCAGGAAUGCCUCAUGGCUGGAAAAGACCCAGAGUUGGAGUGCGCUAACUUCCUGCGAGUCCUGCAGCCUUUUAAUCAGACUCACCUGUACGUGUGUGGUACCGGAGCCUUCAACCCCCGCUGCACUUUCAUCGCUACCAGCAUCUUCCACCAGUCCGAGCACCAGACUCUCUCCUACAGCCAGACCGAGUGUGGGAAGGGGAAAUGCCCCUACGACCCAUUUCAGAAAACCGCUUCUGCCGUCGUUGAUGGAGAGCUGUACGCAGGCAUCACGUCAGACUUCAUGAGCCGGGACUCAGCUUUCUUCCGAAGUCUCGGCAACCGCCACGUCAUCCGCACUGAGCAGUACGAUUCCACCUGGCUGCAGGGUGCCCAGUUUGUGCGGGUAGCGCCACUGUCUGAAACUGAUAACCCAGAGGACGAUAAAGUCUACGUGUUCUUCACCGAGCGUGCUCAGGAGGCAGAGGGGGCCGCUGGCAAGGUGCUCCACUCCAGAGUGGCACGUGUCUGCAAGAACGACAUCGGAGGCCAGAGGAGUUUAGUCAACAAGUGGAGCACCUUCCAGAAGGCUCGCAUGGUGUGUUCAGUUCCAGGAGCCGACGGCAUACAGACACAUUUUGACCAGCUGCAGGACAUCUUCAUUCUCCAUGGGAAAGACAAGAAGAACCCGCUCAUCUAUGGCCUGUUUACCACUUCAAGCGACAUCCUGAACGGCUCGGCGGUGUGCGUCUACCGCAUGGAGGACGUCGUCCGAGCUUUUAAAGGAAACUUCCUGCAUAAAGAGGGGCCCCAGUAUAAAUGGGCAGAGUUUACAGGCUCGGUGCCUUAUCCACGGCCAGGAACUUGUCCCAGCAGCACAUAUGGCAGCUACAGCUCCACCAGAGAAUAUCCUGACGACGUCAUUUUCUUCAGCCGGACCCACCCACUGCUGCAGGAAAACGUGCUUCCGUUGGGAGAGCGGCCGCUCCUGGUGAGGGUGGGCGUCCACUACAAGUUCAGCAAGCUGCUGGUGGACCGAGUGGAGGCCGUGGACGGCACUUACGACGUCCUGUUCAUCGGCACAGACUCAGGACUCGUGCUGAAGGCCAUCCACAUCCCCAGAGAGCACGGCCAGAGUCAGGAGGUCACGCUGGAGCAGCUGCAGGUCUUUCAGCACAAAUCACCCGUGACAGCAAUGGCACUCUCAAAGAAAAAGCAGUGGUUGUUUGUGGGCUCCAGGGAGGGCGUGUCCCAGCUGGCCUUGUACCAGUGUGAGCUGUACGGCCAGGCCUGCGCAGAGUGCUGCCUGGCCAGAGAUCCCUACUGCACCUGGGACGGCCACGCUUGCAGCCCCUUCAUGCCCACCGUGCGCCGGAGAAAUGCUCGUCAUUUAGGGGAAGAUGAAGAUCCCCUGACUCAGUGUGUCAGACAGGGAGCUGGGUUGCAGGUAGAGGCGGAGCAGAGGGUGAUGAUGGUUGCCGAGGGCAACAGCACCUACCUGGAGUGUCUGCCUCGAUCCAGACACGCCGCCGUGACCUGGUACAAACAGGCCGGGGAGAACAGUGCUGAGCUGAACCAGAUAAUAACCGGGGACCAGCUGGUGGUGAUCGAGCGCGGCAUCCUGAUCCGACAGGCCGAGCUGUCCCACGGCGGCGUCUACCACUGCCACGUGGAGGAGCACGGCUACCACUGGACCGCUGUGACCGUCCGGCUGGCCGUCUGGAGCCCGUCCACCAGCCGCCUGCUGGCCUCCCUGUCCAGCUCGCCCUACCAGAGCCCGGGCAGCCAGCCCUGGUACCAGGACGUGAUGGCGCUGAUUCACCCGGCCAACCUGGGCCAGCACUGCAAGGCCCUGGGCUACCGCCCGCCGCGCAACCACCGCCGCAUGGGCGACCUGACCAUGCUGCACAAGGAGAAAGAGAGGGGAGAGAAGCUGAAGCGCGGUGGAGGAAGAGGAGGAGGAGGAGGAGGAGGGGGAGGCCGCACGGCGGGGAGGAAGAGCAGGAGCAAACCUCAGCAGAGGGCGCCGAGGAGCGCUUAGGCGUACACAGAGACUCCAGCACGCACACAGUUCGUGUAUCAUCUGCACACACUUAACUUAUACAUCGAGACACACGCAUACUGUAUGUACAGAGACUACUUCAUGCGCAUGCACUUACAAACAAACAGAAAAGAAAGCAUCCUGUAUUUAUAGUGACAAACGUUCAAUUUAAGCUACACAUAUUCAUCUGGAGGACGAACUGGAGUAUCUGGACAGAAAAAGACUGUUUCACUGGGACAAAUGACUGUAAAUAAGAAUAAUUAAAAAGAAGCAAACGUAGGAUAGCAGAAGCUGCGUAGCAUGUUGAAUGAAGGAUGAACGGCGGCGCCAGAUCUCUGACUCUGUUUGACCGACUUCACGUCUUGAGAGGACAUUUCUGGAUUUGGAGUCUUGUUUCUACAAGCAGAACAUUACAUUUGAAAAAAAUACACAUCUUAAGGGAACCCAUCAGGGGCCUUGCAUGUUUUUUAUGCCCAAUAAUUACAAAUCAGAGUUUCAAUUGUUCUUCAAAACUCCACAGAUGUUUUAACAUUGCUUUCCUGCGUUUUAAACAAAUAGUUCUUUCAGUGGGUUUUUAAAUCAAGACGCCUGAGAGAGAGAAGUCCUCAUAGCUGCAAGAUGCAUCUUUUGUUUGUGCAGUGCUCAAGUCUCAAG